AUGAGAAAAAGUUGUAUCCUGUAUGAGGUGGCCGGUCGAAAAAAACUGGGAGACGUCUGCACGUCAGUUGGAGACUCCUUGUCUAGGGCGCGUUCACUGCCACUACGGUACACCGCUGGCGACAGCGUUUUUGUUUUGAAAGACGUUUGUUUGCAGGAGUGUGGUCGCAGCAUGGAAAGCGAGCUCGACGGUAUAGCAGACGUCCCUGACGCGCUGCAGGGCCUGUACCCGUUUUUUGCGCGGGGCCGCGAGGUUGCCCACAUUGAACCUGUAGUCUCGUACUUCACUCGUUUGUAUGCUGUAGAGCAGGGCCUUGGCAUUCGCCGGCAGUUGACCCAUACAAAUGAACAAAAGCGGAUUGCUGCUUUUCUCUCAAAGGAAAUGAACGAUCUGGAGGCAUUGAAGGCACGAAUCCUCUCCUCUAGGGAGUGGUCGUCGAUUUUUCGGCAUACUCCGCUGGAGUACUUGCACCGCUUUGCGUCGCGAAUAUUUGAAAGAGCUGAGAAGGAGUCCAUCUCACGAAAACCCGCCCCAGAGACAGCUGCGAAGUUUUAUGCCGCGUCUAUCUUCCUGCAAGCGCUGGAACAGUUCCGGGGGCGCGAGGACUCGGAAACAAGCACUGGGGGUACUGGCGCAGCAGUAUCAGCUGAGUUCUGGGACCAGCUUUCCCAGCAGAUUCGAUAUGCUCAAUACAAGUGCGUGAUGACUCGAAGAGCGCUUCGGGAGUCAACGCAAGACAAUGUCGAGUGUGUGGAAGUCACCCAAAGCGUACGUACUGCACCGGUGCCAGACAAGGGCUCGUCUUCGAGCCUUGGCAAACAGAACAGUACCGGUGUUGUAAGUCCGGAGGGAUCUGAUGCCUCGCCCCAGUCUGUGGACGACGAUGAAAGCCCGCCUCCAACGUCGACGCACCAGCAGUGCAUCACUAGCCGCAGCCAGGAAGCGUUCGACGGAGCGGCUGGCAGCGAGAGGCAGGCGCCGGCUUCGCUGCAGCCGUUAUCAGCGCAGUCUCCGAAUGAGACCUCACAGGAAAGGAAACGCAGAGAAUCCAUAGAUGAUAUGCUCGGUUCGCCUGGGAACGGGGUCACAGCGGGCACGCGGCACGCCUUUAGGCGACAUGUGCGGUCAGCGCUGAGCGCAGCAGAGUUCGACGACGACGAGACCGCAGUGAAGGAGCUGCAGCAGGCUCUUGCUUUGCUAACUGGUCAACGUUCGACCCAGCGGGCGCAAGCCGACGACCCACCGAGUUCGUCAGGGGUCUGCUCUGGUGAGCGUCGAAUCUCUUUUGGUCUUUCAUGUCAAUGA